AUGGCUUCUUUUACGGCAACGGCGGCGGUUUCUCGGAGAUGGGUUGGCGGCAAUCAUCCUCAGCCGCCAUUAUCGUCUUCUCAAAGCUCCGACUUGAGUUAUUGUUGCUCCGUACCCAUGACAAGUCGUGUCCAAAGAAAGCUGAAUGUUUCUUCUGCGCUUCACACUCCUCCUGCUCUCCAUUUCCCUAAGCAAUCCUCCAACUCUCCCGCCAUUGUUGUUAAUCCCAGAGCCAAAGAAUCCGACACUAAACAGAUGAAUUUCUUCCAGAGAGCGGCGGCGGCGGCGUUGAACGCGGCGGAGGGUCUCCUCGUUAGCCACGAGCGACAGCAUCCGCUUCCUAAAACGGCUGAUCCUAGUGUUCAGAUCGGCGGGAACUUUGCUCCGGUGAAUGAACAGCCCGUCCGGCGUAAUCUUCCGGUGGUCGGGAAAAUACCGGAUUCCAUCAAAGGAGUAUACGUGCGCAACGGAGCUAAUCCGCUUCACGAGCCGGUGACCGGUCACCACUUCUUCGACGGAGACGGGAUGGUUCACGCCGUCAAAUUCGAGGACGGUUCGGCUAGCUACGCUUGCCGGUUUACUCAGACAAACCGGUUUGUCCAGGAGCGUCAAUUGGGUCGACCGGUUUUUCCAAAAGCCAUCGGCGAGCUUCAUGGUCACACCGGUAUUGCUCGACUCAUGCUAUUCUACGCCAGAGCUGCAGCCGGUAUAGUGGACCCGGCACACGGAACCGGAGUAGCUAACGCCGGUUUGGUCUAUUUUAACGGCCGGUUAUUGGCGAUGUCGGAGGACGAUUUGCCUUACCAAGUGCGGAUCACUCCCGGUGGAGACUUGAAAACCGUUGGCCGGUUCGAUUUCGACGGGCAAUUGGAAUCCACAAUGAUCGCCCACCCGAAAGUCGACCCGGAAUCAGGCGAGCUUUUCGCUCUGAGCUAUGACGUCGUUUCAAAGCCUUACCUGAAGUAUUUCCGAUUCUCACCGGACGGAACGAAAUCUCCGGACGUCGAGAUCCAGCUUGAUCAGCCGACGAUGAUGCACGAUUUCGCGAUAACGGAGAAAUUCGUGGUGAUACCGGACCAGCAAGUCGUUUUCAAGCUCCCGGAGAUGAUCCGAGGCGGCUCUCCGGUGGUCUACGACAAGGACAAGGUGGCGAGAUUCGGAAUUCUCGACAAAUACGCCGAGGAUUCGUCGAAAAUACGGUGGAUUGAAGCGCCGGACUGCUUCUGCUUCCAUCUCUGGAACGCGUGGGAGGAGCCGGAAACAGAGGAAAUCGUGGUGAUCGGGUCGUGUAUGACUCCACCGGACUCAAUUUUCAACGAGUCCGACGAGAAUCUCAAGAGCGUUCUCUCUGAAAUCCGCCUGAAUCUCAAAACCGGCGAAUCCACUCGCCGUCCAAUCAUCUCCGACGGAGAACAACAAGUCAACCUCGAAGCAGGGAUGGUCAACCGGAACAUGCUCGGCCGCAAAACCAAAUUCGCUUACUUGGCUUUAGCCGAGCCGUGGCCUAAAGUGUCCGGAUUCGCCAAAGUUGAUCUCGCUACCGGAGAAGUCAAGAAACAUCUCUACGGAGAUAACCGUUACGGCGGAGAGCCUCUGUUUCUCCCUGGAGACAAUGGAGGAGAAGACGAAGGACACAUCCUCUGUUUCGUUCACGACGAGAAGACGUGGAAAUCGGAGUUGCAGAUAGUUAACGCCGUUAGCUUGGAGGUCGAAGCAACGGUUAAACUUCCGUCAAGGGUUCCGUACGGAUUUCACGGCACAUUCAUCGGCGCCAGUGACUUGGCGAAGCAGAUGUGA